GAGCGCAUCCUGCGCGAAGUCCUGGAGAAAGCAGUGGACCAGGUGCAGGACAAAGUGUUGGCGGAGCUCGCCUUCAACAAGAUCCACAAGGCGCCUUCCACGCCAUCAGUUGGAUCCACAUCGACUGCGGCGGCGCUAGCCUCAGAAGAGCUC